GUAAUGUUACCAUCAGCCUGCCUUUAGACUGCGAAGUACUGUGCUUGAUCGUUUCUCCGGUGCAGCAUGAAUUUAGAAAUCCAUUCUGAAAGAGGGCAACAAAGACUGAAAAGCAGAAAAGAGCCCUCGGGGAAACAGCAUGCCGAAUCAGUGACUGGGAACUCAAGGCAAUGGGUUAUUCGAGCUACCUAUCUGAUUACAGCUGUUGGCAUGACUUGUAUGUUCAUGCAGUUUGGGAUUGUUCCAUAUUUGGCAACAAGCCUGGGGUUAGAUGCAGUCGAAUUUGGCUACUUGCAAACAGUCUUUGGUGUUCUUCAGCUUCUGGGAGGUCCCAUGUUUGGGAGGUUUUCCGACCGGUUUGGAGCCAGGGCGGCGCUGACUGUGUCAUACGUAGCUUCAUCUUUGCUGUUCUUGCUCCUUUCUUUGUCCACCAAUGUGCUGCUGCUCUUUCUCUCCAGGAUUCCAUCUAUCUUCAUGCAUGACCUACCAGGUGCUCAAAUGGUCAUAACGGAUUUGACGACUCCUGCUGAACGUGCCGAUGCUUUAGGAAAGCUUGGACUAUGUUUUGGAAUAGGAAUGAUUCUUGGUUCUUCUCUGGGCGGUAGUCUAACCACAAAAUUUGGAAUUUAUUUUCCUUGCUAUGUUGCGCUGGUUGGGGAGCUUGCAUGCAUCUUGAUGGUCCUCCUCUUUAUCCCUGCUCAGACAAAGUCACAGUCCAAAGGAAAUGCUCCACGACACAGCAUGCCCCAGUCCAGCAGUGUGUUUAGCCUCAAAGAAGUCACGGGACUGCUGAAGCUUCCAGGAGUAAUGGAUAUUUUCUUAAUCAAGGUGCUUUCUGGACUUCCUAUAGGUUUGUUCAUGAUCAUGUUUUCCAUCAUAUCUAUUAAUUUCUUCAAUCUGGAAGCAGCAGAGGCUGGAUACCUGAUGUCCUAUUCUGGAGUCCUUCAAAUGGUUUUCCAGGGUCUAGUAAUUGGACAAUUAACUAGUCACUAUACAGAGCGGACCUUGCUUAUGCUGAGUGUCUCUGUCUUCAGUGGAGUGGGCCUUGCUAUGGCCCUGAUGACCAACGUCUUCCAGUACUGCAUCAUUGCAUUUCCCAUGGUUUUUGCAUUCUGUACUUUAGGCAUCAUUACUGACACCCUUCUGACCAAGUCUGUCCCUCCUUCUGACACCGGAGCCAUACUGGGAAUAUCGGCAUCCGUUAUGCCAUUGACGCGGGCAAUAGGCCCAACAAUAGGAGGAUUUUUAUACAGAAGAUUUGGGGUCUCGUCCUUUGGUUACUUACAGCUGAUCAUCAAUGUAGCUCUGCUUUUGUAUAUCUUUAAGAAGAGGAUCCCUCUGAAUGAAGGAAAAGUUAAAUAAUCAGUUCCAUGAGUAGCGUUAAUGAGCAGGUGUGUGAU